AAACAAACAAACAAAAAAAAAGAAGAAAAAUAAUAAAAACAUGUUGAACAAAAUGUUGCAAUGUAUUUAUUAUGUAUAUUGUUUGUAUGUAUGUUGUAUAAUAAUAUGUGAAAAAGAUGGAAUAGGAAUUGCACACAAAAUGAAAUUGAAAAAUGAAAACAACAUAAAAAACCAACAACAAAAUUUCAAAAAAGAAAUAUUCAUUUUUAAAGGUACAUCUAAAUAGCCAGUUGCUUCAGUUUUUCGUUGACUAUCGAGCCGAGUACUGUGUUUUAUAAGGGAUAUUAUUUUUUCCGCUAAAAAAAAAAAAAAAGAGAAAAAGAAAAAAAAUAAAAUAUUAAUAUUUCUCGUUCUUUCAAAAGUAAAACGACGAUGUUAGCAGUAAAAAAUCUUGUAAAAAACAAACAAAAUUAAAAUUUAUUAUAAAAAAAAAAGUAGAAACAAAAAGUUCGUUCUCGUUUUAUUGCAAAGACAUAUACUGCUACAACCAGUGACUACAUAAAAGAAGUCGAAAAUAUUAUUUAAAGAAAUAAAAUAAAGCAAAAUAAAGUUUUCGUAACCAGUUCGCAUUUGGAUUGGACAAACAAGAAUAAAACAAAAAGAAACAACAAUAUUUUUAUAGUGUUGUCUUGUUUGAACAAAAAGUAUUAAGAGAAAUAAAAUAUAAUAAAAAAUUAAUGAUAUUAAAAUAAAAAAAAAAAAACAUUUAAAUAACCGCAGAGAAUUAAUAAAUUUUAUUUUUUUUUUUUUGUUAUUCCUGUGUUUUAUUUUUUGUACUCUUUGAAAGAAAAAAUUACAUUGCCACUGUUAAAAUAAACAACCGAGUGUAUAGAAAAAUUAAACCGCGUAAAAUUUUUCUAAGCGAAUUGAAAAAAUUUAACUAUGCUGUAUAAAAAUAGUUCAUAUAAAAAUUAUUAUUAUAAUAAUUAAAAGAAUAUUUAAAAAAUUUUUAUAUCUAUAGUAAUAUUUGCUUAAUAAUACAAUAAGUAAUAAUAUUAACAAGAGUUUCAAUUAAGUGAGAAAAAAAAAAUUAAAUAAUAAAAAAAAGAAAAAUGGCAUCAAUUAAUUACAAUAAUAAAAAUAAAAUAACAUUAAAUAAAAUAAUGUUAUCAAUAUUAACAUUUUUAAUAACAUUAUUAGGAUUUAUCAAUGGCCAACCAUCUGGUACAUCUAGGGAAUUAAAUCUUUGUAGACAAAUGUGUUAUCAAAAGUUCAUUGAAGAUUGGCAUCAUUGUAUGGACUUUGAUGACUGCAAAAAUAUGUGCAUCACGCCACCUAAUAUCAAUAAUUAUAUCCCAGAAGCUUUCAGUUUUCUGUGCUGGAAUAGUUGUGAUCAAACACUUGGUCCAUUCCCAUUAAAUGUACAAUCAGCAUCACGACAAGGAUCAUUGAUUAUAACUGAUAUUGCAUGGGAUCAAGCAAUAACAAAUGCAUCUAAACAAUGUUUAGUUACAUGGGAGGUCUCCGGAGGCGGAUUAAUGGGUAAUCUAUUAACUGAUAGUUCUACUGUUGAAUUAUCAUUAUGGUCGGAUACUGUAUAUCACGUUCAAGUAACGUGCAAAAAUAAAGAAACUGGUGGCAUGAGAAGAUCAUAUAAAUUAAUUGUUGAUACUAGAAAAUUAAGUGGUAAUGGUAUAUCAUCAACAGUACAACCAAUUGAUAUUGAACCAAGUAUAAAAUCAUCAUCAAUACCAGAAGUAUAUUCAACAGAAACAUUAGAUUCUGAUUCAGAAUCAUCACGUAUGAAAAUAUUAAAAGAUUCAUCCAAAGAUUUUAUUAGUAAUCAUGAAUUAAAUAGUAAUAGUAACAGUAAUAGUAAUAGCAAUAAUAAUAAAUUAUUUAAUAUACAAAAACAACAAGAAGAACAACAAAGAGAAUUUGAAUUAGAGCAACAACAACAGCAACAGAAACAAAAACAAAAACAACAACAAGAAAAUAAACAACAAGAACAACAACAAUUACAAGAAUUAAAUAAUUAUCCAAAUGAUAUUGAAAAAAUAAUACCAAUAUCACAUACAACAACAAUAUUACAUAGUAAAUUAUCAGAUACAUCAUCAUUAUCAUCAACACUUGAUUAUUCAUCAGAGAUAUUAUCACGUAGUAUAUUAUUUACAAUGUUGGGUUCAAUAUCAUUAUUUUUAGGUAUUAUAAUUGCAUUCAUAUUUAUUAGAAAUCGACGAGAUACAAUUACAAAUGAUAAACAAAAUUUAAUAAAUAAUGAAAUUUUACCUGAUAGUAGAACGCUGCACGUUUAA